CACAUGAUCAACAAAUACAACUAACUUCUCUCUCUUUCUCUCUUUCUCUCUUCAUAAAUACCAACCGUCACUCCUAUCAUCACUUCCACCAUCACCAUCACCACCACCACCACUACUACCAUACCUCUCGGCUUCUUUCACCCUCUCUUUGAAAAUGGCCAUUAGAACAACAAAACCAAACAAACUCUCUCAAAAAACAGUCCUCAAGCAAAUCCUAAAAAGAUGUUCAAGCCUAACCAAGAAAAACGGCUACGAUCAAGACGAAGAUGAUGUCCAAGAUCUUCCUCUUGAUGUACCAAAAGGCCACUUCGCAGUUUACGUCGGAGAAAACAGAAGCAGAUACAUUGUACCGAUCACAGUCCUAACUCACCCUCAGUUUCAGUCCCUCCUUCGACAAGCCGAAGAAGAAUUCGGCUUCCAUCAUCACACCGGCCUCACAAUUCCUUGCCACGAAGUUGUUUUUCGCUCGUUAACAUCAAUCAUGCUCAGAUCAUAAACAUAAGCCAACCUCGUUUCAUUACAUUGCUUCUACUUGAAGAAAAGGUGAUCAAAGAUGAAGCUGCAUCUAGCUUUUGCUUCUCUUUUUUUUAGCAUCUUUCUUCAAUGUAGUCAUUGAAUUAGUUUGCGUAGAUUCGCAAUCUAGUUUUUUUUUUUAAUGUUAGUAAGUUCGUGGUUAUGUUAGUUUUUGAUCGAGAUCGAAUCGAAAAUCAUUAUUAGUAUUUUUGGUGAACAAUGUGAUUGUAACGUUUGUUACCAGGAGCAUUUCUUGAGGAAAAUUUUGUAUAAAAAGUUUCAGAUUUAUUUUCCUCAUAAUUUGAAAUCUGCAAGUUUUUUGCUAUUUGCGCCUCUCUGUUGUGUUUCUACACCCCACCUGCCAUGUGAAAUUAAGAUUUUAUGCUGAGACAGAAACUGGCAAUGUAAGAUGAAUCUUUUAAUAAUAAAUUCAAUAAUAGGAUGCAAAUUGAUAUUAAAAAAAUUGUUUAAAAUAAAGAGAGCAAAACAUAACAUGCAUGACUUUUCUGACAAAUGUGUU